AUGUUUUCCCGGGAGCACGGCUUCCCUGCCGGAGCCUGCGGAGGGAGGUCUGAGGAGGGUGUGUGCUGCUUCAGUGAUGUUAUAGACUCUCCUACCCAAGGCUUUCCAUGUGCUCUCGCUCCUGCUGUCCCCAACAAGGCUGUGGACUUGUUUGAGAUGAUUGAGAAAAUGCAGGGGAGUCGUCUGGACGAACAAAGAUGUUCCCUUCCAGCUCCUCUCAAGACAGAAGAGGAGUAUAUUCCUUACCCCAGCAUCCAUGAGGUAUUACAGAAAGGGUGGCCAUAUCCUCUCAUUAUCUUACCCCAGUUUGGGGGCUACUGGAUUGAAGGGACCAGCCACAACCUCUCCAGCUUGAGUCCAACUCUGUCUGACGUACCCUUUCCCUGGAGUGGUAAAGUGAAACUGGAGAGUGACCCUACAGCCAAGCUGUACCGCAAACAUUUUCUGGGGAAGGAGCACCAGAACUUUUACUCCAGUGACAUGUCCUUGGGCUACCUGGUACUUUCUGUGAAGUAUGAACAGAUCGAGAAACAGGAAAAUCUGCGCCUGUUGUUGAGGACUCGGACUGGCACCAAACAUGACCUGAUCCCCAUUUCCUGUCUGAAUGAGUUUCCUAAUGCUGUCCAGAUGGCGAAGCUACUGUGUGAGGAUGUGAAUGUUGAACGCUUCUUUCCUGUCCUCUACCCCAAGGCUUCGCAGCUUAUUGUUGCAUUUGAUGAACACGUCAUAAGCAAUAACUUCAAAUUUGGGGUCAUCUACCAGAAACCUGGACAGACGACCGAAGAAGAAGUCUUCAGUAACACAGAAGAGAGUCUAGGUUUCCUGGAGUUCCUGGAUUUCCUUGGUGACAAGAUUCAGCUGCAGGAUUUCCGUGGGUUCCGAGGAGGCUUGGAUGUCACUAGAGGUCAAACGGGCACUGAGUCAGUCUAUACAAAUUUCCGGGGCAAGGAGAUCAUGUUUCAUGUGUCUACAAAGCUGCCCUUCACAGAGGGAGAUUCCCAGCAGCUUCAGCGGAAGCGUCACAUUGGGAAUGACAUUGUAGCCAUCAUCUUCCAGGACGAAAGCACACCUUUUGUCCCCGAUAUGAUUGCUUCUAAUUUCCUACAUGCUUAUGUGGUAGUUCAGCUCACUCAUGGCACCACUGGGGACACUCUCUACAAGGUUUCGGUUACAGCUCGAGAUGAUGUCCCCUUCUUUGGACCCCCUCUGCCAAAUCCAGCCAUAUUUAGAAAGAGUGCAGAGUUCCGUGAAUUCCUCCUGGUCAAGCUCAUCAAUGCCGAGUACAGCUGCUAUCGAGCUGAGAAAUUUGCUAAAUUAGAGGAAAGAACCCGGAGUGCCCUCUUGGAGAGCCUUUUUGAGGAGCUGCAGCUUCGCAGCCGCAGUAUGAUGGGAUUACCCGUGGGGGAGGAUGACAAGAUAGAGAACGGCAGCGGGGGCUUCCUCGAGAAUUUCAAGCGGGUAAUCAGAGGCCGCAGCCAGAGCCUGGAUACCAUGGGGAUAUCUAUGAGAAAGCAGCAGCCAGCCACCCUGCCCAGCCGCACAACUACAGCUGGCCUUGCCCUCAGCCAGAGUGUCGCCGAGGGCCCUAAGGCCAUUGCUGCGUCUUUUGCCUUGCCUGGUAGGAGCCCAUCACGUACUCGAGCCAGCCGCUUCCAUGGGCGACGGAGUAGUGCCAUUGGCAUUGAGAACAUACAGGAGGAAAAGAGCAGAGACACUGCAGAGAGAAUACAGAAGGUGCUGGACAGUCCGGGAACUUUCUUUGACCUGAAGUCUGAUGGAUCAUCCAGUCCCAGCUCCCCAGAGUUCCCCAUCAGGAAGAGCAAAAUGCUCAGGAGUCAGACUUCAGGAUACUGUGUGAUGCAGCCAUUCUCACGUUCUUCAUCCAGUGUAAGCAGUUGUUGUAGUGGUUUGAGGGAAAAUGAAACAUCCGAGGAAGAGGAGAAUGACAGGGAGCUGACGUGCUCUCUUGAGGGCCCUCCAAAACAGGAUUCAAUGGUUCAGAGUAUGUGGCUGGAUGACAGUGACUGCACACCCAGUACUUCCAGCUCACCAGGAAGCAGGUUGCUUCCUUCCAGCAGUGUUGCUGGCUCCACUGGAAAAGGAAAAGGCAGCAAAGCAGAUGCUCAGCACCAUAAUCCAGCCUCCAUUUUGUGCUGCGUGUGA